AAUUUAUUUUACUACCGCGAAUGACCCAGAUGACCCACCUGUGGGUGACCAGUUGUGGGAUUUCUUUUACCACCCGGGUGACCCAGGUGACCCACCCGCGGGUGACCCGGGUUGGGAUUUUUGUGACGGGUCAGAACACUAG